AUGGUGGACCAGCAAAAUAAUGCUGACAUUCAGUUACUAAAAGAAAUACUAAAGGUAUCAGAUAAGAAAAUAGAUGAAUUGAUUUCCAAAAAACCUGCCAACUUACUCAUUUCAGUUAUAAAUCAGCUCAAGCAGUGUAGGCCUAAUGGUAAAGUAAAUAAUGUGGUACUAGAGAAAAAGGUUGAUAAUGAGAUUAGGGAAAAAAAGCGAGAGAAGAAACUUCAAAAUGAUUCGUUACUAGAGGUAGUUGUUUACAAAGUGAACCUGAAUUCAGGAACAGUUGUAACUUUUUUGGAUUCUGUUAAACAGAAAGUAGAACAAGAUUUGAGAUACAAGUUACCUGCUUAUAUGAAAAGAAAAUGGUUUGAUAAAGAUAUGUUUUUCAAUGAGGUGAAUCCCAGUAAAGUGAACACUGUCACUUCGGUCGAUGAUAUGUAUUUUGAUGAGAUAAAUGAUGCUAAUACGCACGAUGGUAACUUUAAUUCAUGUAAUAAUAUCUCUGAUCCUGAUAGUAAUUCUGGAGAUGAAAUGCCAGACGAUUCAGAUAAUGAUGGAUAUAAUGGAUAUAGUGGAUAUAAUGAAUGCGGUGAAUAUGAUAGAGGUUAUUAUUAUCGCGAUAGAAGAUACGAAAGGAGAGGGUCUCCAAUGAUGAGUCCUAUUAUCUUUCCAGGCAUGGUCUCCCAAGGGACCCAUAGGACCAGAAGAAAUAAUGGUCUAGAAAGAUCAAUUCUAGCACUAAAUAAUAAACUUCUGAGAAAGAGAAAUGAUGCUAUUUCGCAAGCUGGCUCCAACAGAUUUCUAUCACAAGCCAUGUAUCACAAUUGA